CGCGGCGGCGGCGGCCGGUCGGUCGGUCCCAGCAGCCCCAGCGCUGCCCGCAGUGACGGGCGGACAAAGGGGCGCCGCGCCAGCCCGCACCAGCGGCCCCGGGCGGAAUUGCCAAAAUGCUUUGGAAUUCUUAAACGAUUCAAAAGCUGAAGUCUCUGAGGAUACAAAAGCAUAAGAACACAAGAAGCAGCAAGGAGGAUUCAGUGCCAAUGCAGCAACAAAAAAGACAGCCAGAGUUAGUGGAAGGAAAUCUUCCUGUUUUUGUUUUUCCUACAGAACUUAUAUUUUAUGCAGAUGACCAGUCAACACACAAGCAGGUGUUGACUCUAUAUAACCCCUAUGAGUUUGCCUUAAAAUUCAAAGUUCUUUGUACAACUCCAAAUAAAUAUGCGGUGGUGGAUGCUACUGGUGCAGUGAAGCCUCAGUGCUGUGUUGAUAUUGUGAUUCGUCACAGAGACGUUCGGGCUUCUUACUAUGGUGUCAUAGAUAAAUUCCGUCUCCAAGUGUCUGAGCAGAGCCAGAGGAAAGCAUUAGGGAAAAAGGAAAUUAUUGCUACUCUGCUUCCAUCUGCAAAGGAACAACAACAACAAAAGGAAGAGGAGGAAAAACGAAUAAAAGAACACCUGGCUGAAAGUGUCUUUUUUGAGCAGACUUUGUGUCAACCAGAAAACAGAACUGCCUCGUCGGGACCUAGUUUACUCACAGUCUUCCUUGGAGUGGUGUGUGUUGCAGCACUAAUGCUACCUACAUUGGGGGAAAUGGAAUCCCUGGUGCCUCUCUACCUCCACUUAAGUGUGAAUCAAAAGUUAGUAGCUGCUUAUGUUUUAGGUCUCAUCACCAUGGUUAUUUUGAGAACAUGAGCAAUGAGUUCAUAGGAUGUCAAACACCUUACUGUAUAUUCACAUCAUGAAUGUGGACUGCCUUUUACUCCCAUUUGGCUCAUUAAGAUGCUAGCAAAACUGUUCAGUGAUUUAAGAUACCUUCAGAAGUGUAAUAUAUUUUAACUGUGUAUAAUAAAUGAAAGACUCAAAGCACUUGGCGGUGCUUCUGUAACAGACAGCUACGAAAUGUUCAGUGAUACCUGUGAAAAUAAUUUGAAAAAACUUUUAUAUCUAUGCCUACUGUAAAAAAUCCUUAUUAAAACAACAUUUGUUAUUUUUAGUCUAUGUUCACAUCAGUGUGUGAUCACUAUAAAAGCAAACUGUCUUCUGUAAAAACGCUCAUUUGGUUUGUGGUUGUACCUGCUGAGGCUGGCACAUAACACUUCUGUAUAUACAUACCAGAGGGGUGAGAGUUGUGACUGAUCAUUGAAGAAAAUGAAAAAUCCCAUCAGUGGAACUAUGAAAUAAACCAUGAAUUUUAGGUGAAGAAGUAAUUCUCAAAUUUCUUACUUCAUCAUUACCAAUAUAUCGUUGAGUGCUCAUUUUCUUACCUGGGGAAAUAAUUUCUUGCAACAGUCAUUUUGUACCACAAUUACUAGACAAUAAAACCAAGUUCUGUAAUCAGAUCCUUAAUUUCUUAGGGAUGCAUGGAAGUGGCAUUAAUGGAAGCUGAACUCGUACUAAUACAAAAUUAAUCAUUUUCUCUAUUUUAGAGACCAAACUAAGUGAAAUAGCAAAGGCAUUCUCUACAUCUCUCCCCACACAGCUACCACAGGAACUUCUUUUCUAUCAGAAACUCCUGCUUAAAUGCCAGUUUCAUAUUUGAGGUGAACAUUAAUCUUGUUUCAUACAACAAGUAUUUCCCUUUAUUUGACAUUUCAUUGUCGAGAUGUUAAUUCUAAAAGGGCAGCUAUUACUGCAUUGGAUUCAUACAGACAAAUCUUUGUUUGUAAGAAGUCUAUAGAGUAUGCUCUGAUAUGAAUAAUAAAGUUUGAAAAUCAAA